CUGCAUCUCUGACACCGCCAGAAGCACAAUGCUGAUCCUGAAGCUCUCUCUACUCACGUUGCUGACUGUAGGUCCCGGCUUGCUUGUUUAUGCAGAGACCCAGGUGACAUGUCAAGGCGACAAUGCUGUGCUGAUAUGUGGAGAUGGUGUUUUAAAUAUCCAAAGCGUUAACUAUGGCCGAAGUGAUUCCACAACUUGUUCUGAUGGACGGCCCAGCAGUGAAAUCACCAACACCAAGUGCUGUGCAGCCUACACACUGGCUAUAGUUACAUCCAUGUGUGAAGGCAAGAGCAGCUGUGUAGUACCUGCCACAAACUCUGUCUUCUCUGACCCCUGUUUCGGCACCUACAAGUACCUUACUAUUAAUUAUUCCUGCGUGGAACUCAAGGCCAGUGUGACGUGUGAAGGCGAUGAUGCCGUGCUCACCUGUGGAGAUGAUUUUAUAACAGUCUACUGUGCUAACUACGGCCGAACUGAUUUCACCACGUGUUCCGCUGGAGCACCCAAAAACCAGAUCGCUAAAACAGACUGCUAUGCAAACAACACGUUAUCUGAGGUUAAAAACAGAUGUGAAGGCAAGAAAAAAUGUGUGGUACCUGCCACAAACUCUGUCUUCUCCGACCCCUGUUACAGCACCUACAAGUACCUGAGCAUUGGCUAUUCCUGCAGGGAUCACUAAUAACUCAAGGAAUUCUGUCAUCAUCCCCAGGGUCGUCUUCUAUCUGCACAGGGCUCAGAUCAAGUUAAAAUAUGUAACCCUGCAGUAUCCCAUCCUGCAGAGGCAUUGAUAUACUACAUAUAUUAAAUCACUGUAACGAUUGUACCUUACUUCAUUGAUGAUGACUAUAUGAGGAAUCCGCCAGAACCGCAUGACCAGCAGUUACAUAAAUGGCGCAUUUAGGUAGAUACAGAAAACAUCUC